GACGCUUGGGCGGCGAGCGCGCUUUUUGGAGAGUGGCUUUCCGCCAUUUCCGUUAGCUCGGCCCCCCGCUGAAGGGCUAACUCCGGUUUCCAGUGGAAGCCCAUCCCCGCUCGCAGAGGCGCUCCGGCGCGCCCUGUGUCCGGGCGGCUCUAAGAGCGUAUUUGCUGACCUCCUGUCCUGGAACAACACCUGGACUUACAUACAGUGCAUGAGUACAAGCAAGUUGCUAUACAGUGACUGGAAUUGAAGCUCACACACUGAGAGGAGAGGAAGCAUCCUGGAUACUUUGUCACUUGUUUAACAGAAGAAAGAAUCUCCUAAACUCUUCGGCAGCUGUGGUCAAGGUAAUAAAAAAGAUUUUCUGUUGUUAGAUGAAAUUCGCCUCCCAGACUUAUUGUGCAAAUUGAGGUAACCUGAGCGUGAAUAGCGUCAUAGACUUGCUCAGUAAAUGUUCAUUGCCUCCCACUGUUAAGAGCUGUGAAGAUGUCUGACAAAAAACGUAUCAUUGCCAAGGCUUCCCUGAUUGAGCAGCUGGUGGCUAAAAGGUAUUUUGAGGAUAUUGGCAAACAUCUGACUGAGCUUGAAAUGAUAUAUGUGUCUAAGGAGCAUCUCCAGGAGACAGAAUUAGUCAGAGCUGUAUACAGAGUCCUCAAAAGCUGCCCCUCCGUGGCUUUGAAAAGGAAGGCCAAGUGUCUGCUGGCAAAGUGGAGAACUUUCUAUAAGAGUACACACCUCAAAACAAAGGAAAGCCUUAAAUUACUCCCUUCUAAUGUUAAUGAAGAAAAACAUGCAGCAGUUUUUCAGGAGGUGAGCCAGGAUGGGGCAUCAGGUUUUAGCCAUGAUGAGAUAGCAGGUCUCUGCAGUUCUCUCUCUAGGCUGGCAUCUCAAGAUGCUGAAAAGCACGCUGCAGCAGUUGGGUCUGAAAGUAGCGCCACUCAAAUGGAAAUUAAUGAAGAAUAUUUGGGGGAUGUUGACCCUGAAUUUACUAGCAAGAGCUCAAGUGUGUUACAAGAUCCCCUAGUGUCUCUUAGAUCUAAAUGUGUAGAGCUUCUUUACACAGCGUUAGCUAGUUUUUCCACAAAUGACAUGAAAACUCAUUUGUGGCAGAGAUUUGCAAGAGAAAUUGAAGAGCACAUUUUUACCCUUUAUUCAAGCAAUAUCAAAAAAUACAAAACUUGUAUUCGAAGCAAAGUUGCCAAUUUGAACAACCCCAGGAAUUCUCAUUUACAACAAAGCCUGCUGUCUGGAGCCAUGUCUACAAGAGUGUUUGCUGAAAUGACUGUCCUGGACAUGGCAAAUGAGGAGCUGAAGCAGUUGAGAGCUUUCUACACAGAAGCCAGCAUCCGGGAACAUCACCUUCCCCACAUGGUUGACGGCACACAGACAGAUAAAAUAAAGUGCAAGCGCUGUGAGAAAUACAACUGCAAGGUCACUGUAAUUGCCAGAGGAACACUUUUCCUUCCAGUUUGGGUGCAGAAUUCAAACCCAGAUGAACAAAUAACCUAUGUCAUUUGUAAUGAAUGUGGGGAACAGUGGUACCAUAACAACUGGGUGUGCCUGUAAUUUGUAUAUAAUCCCUUCAGGGUCAUGUGUUUUACAUGUAUAACAUAACCCUUUUGUGCUCAUUUUUUAAAGAAUCUUACUGUUAUUUUUGUUUGGGAUUUUGGUUUGUGAAAGAGCUCACUAUGUAGCCAAAGCCGGCCUCAGUCUCCUGAGUGCUGGGAUUAGAAGUGUACGCUGCCACACCUGGCUCGGUAUACUGUUCUACUCCAGUUCUGGGAGCAAGGAUCGAGAGUUGUUUGCCAAAGUUAAGGUCAUUGUUGUGGUAAAAGUUGUUUGGGAAGAGUAGAAGACUAUCACUCUGUACUUUGUGGCCAUUUAUAGAGUGGCAGUGUAGCACCACAUGGCCUAAGACCAUGUUAGAGGGACAGACUCUGACCCUAUACUCUUUGAAUCCUGAUCUGCAUCUUGGCAGAAUCCCCAGGUCAUCCUCUGAGAUACCUUGAGAAGCACUGAUAUAGCUGCAGGCCUGUGGUCCUAUCAGGAGUGACUAUACAUUGGAGUUUACUGGAGAGGAUUAAAAGUAUACAGGUGCCAAGGGUCAAGCCUAGAAUAAUUCAGUCUGAACCUAUGGCAUGGGACCCAGGCAUCAACAUUGCUCUGGUCAUUUCGCAGUUUAAGUUGCAGUUAGAGUUGAGAACUACAUGUAAAUAGUCUCAUGACCCUUUCUAUAGUUCUGAAGAAAUGAAUGCUAUUCUGGAGACGUUACAGAUGAGGAAAGAGGCCCACAGAGCCUCAGUGACUUAACCAGGUUACAUAACUAUAGGCAGUCUGCCUCAUAUUGUCCAGCUUCCUUAUGACGCAAGUGUGAUGGCACAUGUCUGUAAUCCAAAUGCUAGGGAGGAUGAGGCAGGAGGAUUUAAGUGAGUUCAGGGGCAGUUUAGAUUGUAAAGUCCCUGUCUCAAAAAAUAUUAAAAGGGCACUGUGGUGAUUCAAGUUUGUAAUCUUAGCCCUGCGAAUGCUGAGGCAGAAACCCAUGGUUGAAGCCAGCCUGGGGUUAUGUAGAGAAACACUGUCAAUACUAAAGUAUUCACAGUCUGAGAAUGACUUGAUACUGACUUUACAAAAAGUCUACUCCUGGAAAUGGGCACUAAGCAAAUAGUGUUUGGAGCUUCUAAGUUUACAUGAUUAGAGUUUUAUCCUUUUGUCCUUAAUUUUCUCAUUUUUACACGUCUCUCUUAACCUAUGAAAAGUUGCACUAUAAGUUAGAAUCUGACUUAGAGCCUGCUUCUGUAGUUAAAUGAACUGUGCGUUUAUUUUUUUUCUUUGUGUGAGCUCUUCACAACGUCUUUAUGAUAAGUAGUUUCUAGAUGUUAGGAAUCUUCAUGUCUUCAAAGCCAUAUGUGUUAAAAUCCUGCUUAUAUGAAAAUGGCACUAGUUGUCAGAGGAAGUUCACUCCCUCAACCUUUGAACUUAUCAACAUUUAUUUACCUACUAACUGAAGAGGAAAUCACUUCUCUAAGGCCUUUCUAAACACUGUUUACUGAUUUGUAUGCUUAAAUACAACAAGCCAUUUGUAUGAUUAUGGCUAAUUUUCUUCCUUAAAAAUGAUAGACUGUUAUUUGGGGUUUUGAUUUGUAAAAAAUUAUGCAUCCACACAGAAGCUUAGAUAUGUACUCCUUUUACAGUUUACCGAGUGCUUAGAUAUCCAUUUUCUCUUUUGUUGUUUUCCAGAGAUGAGUGAAUAGUUUCUGUUUUUAUAAGACUGGUACCACCCUGUAGCCUAAGCUGGAUUCAAACUCAGACUGGCUAGCCUUAACCUCUGGAGUGCUGUAAUUUGGGGUGUAAACCACCAUUUAUUGAUUUUUAUAAUAAUAAAGAGUUUAUUUUUUUAGUUUCAUGUACGUUCACAUGUUUUCUUCAGUUAUUGUCCUCUAAAUCCCCAGUAUUCCUUCAUUGGAAUCUGUAGGCUUUUCCUUGUGUAUAUUUUUUUUACCUCCUUAUGACAGUUUCCCAAUGGAUGCAUAAAACUAGCAGACAUUUUUGUUUCAUAUGUUUUGAAGAAAACAACUUGAGACUGUCAAGUCUGAGUUACAUAUUGUUGUAUUUUCUCCAUUUUGCAUUCCAGGGCUGUCAUCAUAAUGUAAUGUGUUAGUCCUUUAAACAGAAACUUAUAGAGUCAUCAAAAACUCAAAAGUUUCACAAAGUGUGGUUUCAUGUGACUUGGAAUGACCUUAAAACAUAAAUGUUUGUUGCGCAAGACUACACAUAGCACAUGAAAACCAUGCUUAACUUGUUCAAGUCAGUAUUGGUAUUUGGGUUU